AUGGCACACAGGGCAGAAAUCCGCCAACAGCCUCCCACAGCAUUCAUCACCGGUGCUAAUGGUUAUAUCGGGGCGGCCGUAUGCAAAGCUUUCGUCAGGGCUGGCUAUCGCGUCUUCGGACUUGUUCGCAGGCCGGAGUCGGCUGCUGAUCUCAUUCGCAACGAAAUCAUCCCCGUCGUUGGCUCGUUGGACGACUUGAGUUUCCUGGAACAGCUGUACAUCGAGGCCCCUACAUUCGACGUUAUUAUAAAUAACAUUGAAGGGUUCGGAGACUACGAGGUCCUUUUCACCAAGAUCAGUGCUCUCGUCAAAGAACUCGCCACAAAAAGCAACGCCAAUGGUGUCAAACCACUACUUCUAUGGAGUUCGGGUUGCAAAGACUACCCUCUUUCGCCCUUUCACGGGGAUGCACACCUCUCCCCGCUCACAGAAGAAUCUCCCAUCCUUUCUGCUCUUCCACCGGCACGCGUAAGGGCGGAGACAUCUCUCCGAGUGUUUGAUCUGCAUGAGAUAGUUGAUGCCAUCAUUAUUCGCCCAACCUCAGUGUACGGAUACUCCAGCAGCUACUACGGGUUCGUCCUAGACCAUGUGAAGAACGAGAAAGCAAGAGGCGCCAAUGUCUUGCGCAUUCCUGGCAACCCUAAUAGCAUAAUGCACUCCCUUCACGUGGACGACUGCGCCGAAGCAUACGUUGCACUUGCACAGCAUCCUCGACGUGAUGAAGUCGCCGGGCAAGCAUUCAACAUCUCUGGAUACCGAUAUGAGACUGCAGGCGAGACGGCUUCGGCACUUGCCCAGGAAUAUGGGCUCAGCGGUGGUGUCGAGUUCAUCCCGAUCGGAGAUGCACAAGGCAAAGGUGCCAAGCUUGCGAACCAAGGGGCUCUUUCCCUCGUAUUCUACUUCUCGCAGUGGGUCGGCUCUGACAAAAUCAGAAAGGUGACAGGUUGGACGGAUAAGCGAGGUUUAUUUUGUGAGAACCUCCAUGUCUACAGGCUGGCGUAUGAGGCUGAGCAGCAAGGAGGUCAUGAGAACAUCAAUUUGAUCAACAAUAGGAUUCAUCUAAUUAACCAGAGUUAG